UARGAUUCGACCAACUACACACAACAAUGCAACGUCAACAAUCAUUCGUGGGCCUCGAACGCUCUCUCAUGGUCAAGGCCAAGACCUGCGACCGGUAAGCAGUCUUGUGUUCAUUUUGUACUCUAAUCUGGUCGUUCAUGAAAUCGAGUCGGGGGAGCCGUAUUGUGACUUUCUCGUUGCGAUGGAUCCUGGAAGUGAUUGCUCACCAAGUGUGCAAUCGAUUCCACCGAAAUCCAUUCUCAUUCUUUUGGACCAUGCGUCAUUUUUACUGUGAUUAUUGACGAAUAAUAAUACCUCCUAUUUUUCGGGAUGCGACGGUUUUUAAUCGCUCGACCGUACGCCAUACACACGCAAUCGACGAACCAUCGACGCGAUCCAAACUUUUCUCCAUCAGUCUUGUCACAGAGGUCAUSCAGGCGAAGAAAAAGAUGAAGGAAGUCGAUAGUGCCAAGCAGACUUUCUUGAAAAUCCAAAUUCCAAAGAUGGAGAAGCAAAUUGCGGAACUCAAGGUCGAGCUCGAAGGUCUCUUGGASGAGGACGAAAUYGAUCCCUGUGGAGAGUACUACGAAUUGGCCAAGAAAYUACUCGCCUAGGGUUUCMAUUUGUCGAGGUGCGGUGUAAGGGAAAGAAGAAAGGAGGAAAAGAUAUAAUURGGGAACGACCAGUAAUUUUGGUCAGAUGUAUUUUGAGAACGCUGUUGUCAAGGGAUAACUCAGGAACCGAUCAAAUUUGCGGUUUUCUUCUUUAAAUCAAGCUUGCUUUCUGUCGUUCAAUUACUUGCCAAACCGAAUGUCACAGAUGGYUAACCGAAGGAAAUGGUCGUCGAUCUUUUAAUUUAUUACUUUGUAUGUACUCGUACUGUUCUCGAGUGGAUAUACUUCUAAAUUAGUUCAUU